CUGCAUUGUAACAAAUUUAUUAUACACAAAUAUCAAAAUGAGCGUAAAAACUGGUGAAGAUGAUGCCCUGUCUUCUAGAAGUCCAGGUGAAAUCGAUAGUCCACGCAGCAAAAAGAUGCGUUUAGAGAAUUCUAUGCGUAAAGGAUGGAGUUUAAUGGACAGAAGGACCGAUCAAGAGGUACUCCAAGAGAUGGGUGUAAGUUUGCUAGAGCCAGACGAUGCGGAAGCUCAUCACGAUACCAGCUUGCACAACAAACCCUCCCUAAAACGCAAGCACAAUCAAGAAAAUAUAAAUCCUAAUAAGAAAAGCUCACCCAACAAGAGCCCUAGCAGCCCUAAAACUAGACUUAGCCCUGGACCAGGACCUUCCAAAGUGAAAAGUCCACGGAGCGCUGAUAAAAGUAAACCUCUUCAACCAACAGAGAAUAUACUGGAAACAACAUUGGUAUCAGACUAUCAAAUCGACGAAGAAACGCCUCUCGGACAAUCCGUCAGCGCUACCUACCUCCCCGUUGCACAGAGUGGCAGCGCGAAGAAACACAAAGGCAGCGUUACACCACUCGGCCGGGAGGAAGAACUAAUAAUUUCCCGUCGAUUGCAAUCUUCUCCAACCGGUACCGACUCGUUCUCAGCGUUAUCAGAUGAAAUGCUGCUCAGUGUCUUCCGCUGGCUGCCAAAACGAGCGCUCGCGCAUUGCAUGCUGGUCUGUAAAAGAUGGCACAGAGUAGCUUGCGACGAAACACUAUGGCAAAGACUGGAUCUAGGCAAUAAGACAUUGGCUAAAGAUGCUCUUGCCAGGAUACUAGCCAGGAAACCUGUUAUAGUUAGGCUAGCUAAUUCUGAGGUAUGUACUUUCUAA